UGCAUCAGCAGCUAACAUUAUCUACCGUUCAUAUUUAAAGUGUAAAACUGCAAUCUUAUUUAAGUCUUAUUUUAAAACUUUUUUAUUAUUGUGAUUGUCUGAAAUUCAAUAUUUUUUUUUGUUUUAAUGAACCCCCUUUUGUAAAGCAUUAUUGUUUCUUUGCACCGACUAUAUAUCACAAUUUCAUUUACGGAAGCUUAUUAACCAUAUUUCUGGACUAAUAUGGGUGAUACAAGUGACGAGGAAAAAGCUUUAGGUAAAGUUAAAGUUAUUGCUGAUCAAUUAGGAUUGUCAUUGGACGAAAUAAAAGAGAAAAAAUAUUCCAAGAAGACGCUCAAAAGAAUGCUGAAGAACAAGGUUUAUAAUGAAACCAAAAUUGAGAAACGCAAAAUUCAAAAGCAGAAGAGAAAGGCUAAAAGGAAAGAACUGAAAGAAACACUGGGUAUCAAUCUAUCAGAGAAGAAGCCUCGUUUAACUAUGUCUGAAUCACCUAAUAAGGUAAACAUAGCUAUUGAUUUGAGCUUCAACUCCAUGAUGAAUGAAAAAGAAUUGAGGAAAUUGAUGAAACAAAUCCAAAGGUGUUACUCAUUAAAUAGACGCUCUGAUGCUCCAUGUCAACUUUAUUUGACUUCAUUGAAAGAUGAAAUUGCUAAAGGAUUGAUGUCAAAGCAACCAGGUUUCGAUUAUUGGGACAUCCAUCGAAAAGAGGAACAUUUUCUCGACGCUUUCAAAGAUUUCAAAGAAAAAGGAACGUUAAUAUUUUUGUCAAGUGACUCUCCCAAUCUUUUACCUGAUGUAGCCGAGAUACAAAAAAGAGGAGGUGAUUAUGCUUACAUCAUCGGAGGUUUAGUUGACCACAAUGUUCAUAAGGGUUUGACUCUUGGUUUAGCUCAAAAAUCGGGUAUUCAAACAGCUCGACUACCAAUUGACCAAUGUAUGGAGCUAUGUGUCUCUAAAGUUCUUGCUGUUAAUCAUGUCUUUGAAAUAAUGCUUAACGCUACCAACGGUAUUGCUUGGUCUCAAUCAUUUAUGAAUGUUAUCCCAGCCCGAAAAGUUAAACAAAGUGAUGCUCUAAAAUCAAUCAGGCAACCCAAGAAGGAGCAUAAGGAAAACUCUGAAAACGUUGUUCAAAAAGAUCAAGUCGAAAACCAGUCAUCAGCAUCUUCAGGAUCAGAGUCAUCGACAACAUAAUUUCUAGUCGAUGCUUAACAUAAAUUAUAGAGAAAGUGCAAGAUUAUUUAAUGGUUUACGUUCAUAAAACUUGUUAUGUCAUUUAUUUGGUUUUAAUAUUUACAAUUACAUUAAUUAAUCGGAAGUUAUGUUUCUAUCGAGCAUUAAAUUGUAAAUUUUACCAUCUAAAUUCAUCGGUUGUAUAAUAAUUUAGACUCAAGUAUUUUGAUAACUGGGCGAUUUGAAUAAUAAACAUAAAAUAUAAUAAUAA